AUGAGUGAACAAGAUGAUAUUAUGUCACCACGUGCAACAAUUUAUAUUUAUUCAGGUCGUCCAAAUCCUCGUUGGCAAUUAUCUAUUGAUGAAUGGUCACAAUUAAAUCAAUUAAUUGUAAAAUUACCAAAAAUAACUGAAAAUGAAAUUGGUCCAUAUCAAUUUCCAGGUCAAUUAGGUUAUUCAGGUUUUGCAGCACAUUUUGCAAUUGUAUCCAAGUUAUCCUGA